AUGACAGCUGUCUUAAAAACCGAAUUCUUGGGUCAGAAGUAUGAAAACCCAUUCAUGAACGCUUCGGGCGUGCAUUGCUUAACUGUUAACGAACUAGAUGAGCUGAAGAGGUCUAAGGCAGGUGCUUUCAUCACGAAGAGCGCUACUACUUUGGAAAGAGCUGGCAACCCAGAGCCUCGAUAUUAUGCCACAGCUUUAGGAAGUAUCAAUUCGAUGGGACUGCCGAAUAAAGGCUUCCAAUACUAUCUCGAUUAUGUCGUUGAUUAUCAGAAAAACGACUCCGACGGGAAAGCACCAUUUUUUUCUGUUGCAGGCAUGAGCCGGGACGAAAAUAUCAAUAUUCUGAAGAUUAUUCAGCGCAGUGAUUUCCAAGGUGUCACCGAGCUCAAUCUAUCAUGUCCAAACGUACCCGGUAAACCCCAAGUCGGAUACGAUUUUCAAAUGACGGAGCAAAUCUUGACACAGGUGUUCGAAUUUUUCAGAAAACCUCUGGGGGUCAAACUUCCACCCUAUUUCGACUUCGCUCAUUUCGAUAUCGUGGCCAAUAUUCUUAACAAGUUCCCGUUAGCAUAUGUCAAUUGCGUUAACAGCGUUGGCAACGGUCUUUAUGUAGAUGCAGCGUCAGAAAGCGUCGUUAUCAAGCCCAAAAACGGAUUUGGUGGUAUUGGAGGUGACUACAUCAAGCCUACUGCUUUGGCGAACGUACGUGCUUUCUACACACGUUUGAAUCCAACCAUUAAGGUCAUAGGGACGGGCGGCAUAGCCUCGGGCCAAGAUGCCUUCGAGCACUUGCUUUGUGGCGCUACCAUGCUGCAGGUUGGGACAGCGCUGUACGAAGAGGGCAUCUCAGUUUUUGAGCGUUUGGAAAAAGAGCUAAAAGAAGUGAUGACUCAAAAGGGCUACAAAACCAUCGAAGAGUUUCGCGGACAGCUACGAACUUUGUAG